UCGGCUUCGACCUUGACCGGUGACGUCCCGGCGACGGAGCGGGAGCGCGCACGGGAGAUGUUUAAAUGAGACGCGAACGAGUGGAAACGCGCACACUCCGCGCGCACUCACGGAAUGGGAUUGGUCGAGAUUCAUAUCUUCAGACCCGAUGGGUCUAAUUCUGUGCUGCUGGCUAAGUGACAGACAUCAUGAAAAGAAAACAUCACCAUCAUCAUUCUUUUCUCAGUUUUCUGUAGCCCCACCCAUUCGUCUCGCUGUGCUGUUAGACACGCCCCCUGUCGCCCAUGGAAACCCUCGAUCCCAGUGGAGCCAGACUCACAUCUCUCCCAAUCUGAAGAUGUGCCCAUCGGGGGUGUGUGUGUCCCGCGACCGCGUGGAGCAGAGUAGCGAUGCAGUUCGUGCUGCGGCGGGCGUGGCCACGGGGCUCCAUAUAUGGGAGGUGCUGUGGGAGGCACGACACAGGGGAAGCCACGCCCUAUUGGGCGUGUCCACACGCGAAUGCCCCCUGCAGGCCUCCGGCUACACUGCGUUGAUAGGCGGCAACUCACGUUCUUGGGGGUGGGAGCUCACGACCGGUCAGCUCUGGCAUGAUGGGAAAGAGUUGGGCCGGUACCCUGGGGGCGGAGCCAGAGAACGGUUAAGGGCUCCGGACCGUAUACUGUUGGUUGUGGACGCAGACGCGGGGACGCUGGGAUACGUGGUGGAUAACUGCUUUUUGGGCAUCGCCUUUGCAAGCCUACCCAGUGAGGCGGAGCUUUUUCCUGCUGUUAGCUGUGUCUGGGGAGGAGCUAAAAUCCACUUAAGCUACCUGUGCGGCAUGACCCGUGACCCACCGCCUCUACAAACUCUGAGUGCUUUGUGUGUUUGUCGGGCGCUCAGAACUCAUCUGGACUCAAUCCCACCCGCUGCACGCCGACUCCUGUUCAACACAAUAACAUCCAACACUUAAAGGAGAAUAGGACCUGACCACUGUUUAUUUUCACAUUUCAGUUAUUUAUCUACAAUCUUAUUUAAAUGUUAUCAAACUAUUACCAAUGAAUACAAAUGUCAACAUUAUAAUGAUGGAAGUGCUUUACAUGUAAAUACUGCGAUAUAUCAUUUUUCAAUGCAAGUUUAUUUAUUUGGUGCUUCUUUACACAAAAGAAAUCACAAAGGAAGAUUAUUAUCAGGGCUGCAUGGGGGGAGUAACGAAAUUACACCUAAUUUACUUACGUAUUUAAAAUAGAAAAUUAGAGUAACUGUAUUUCUUUACGGUUACUUUUAAAUGGGUUGUAAUCAAAUUAUAGUUGCAUCCGAAAAGUGUUUUAGAUGACAAAAGUGAUUGUUUGGAAUUUGAAUGUCAUUAUUUCAGUUAAACAUGAAUAUAAACUGUAACGGGCAAUUCAUGUAAACAGCAAUCUGUGAUUCUCUGACUCAAUCUGCAAAAGCAUCCUAAACUACAGUUCUUUUUAACUAAUUUUAACAAAUAUUUGAACAAAAUAAAAGGUAUCUGGGUUCAUAGAAAUGUUAUGUUCAUUUUGUUUAGUACUGUCCUGAAUAAGCGAUUUCACACAAUAGAAGUUACAUAUUCUCCACAAGACAAACUGACUGAAUUUAUACAAAUUGCCACUUUGCCAAUUGUCAAACAAUGUAUAGCCUUGAAUCUUUAUUGUCUGUUGUUACCUGAAUGGUCAACAACUGUUUUUAUGUUUUGCGCUAGUUGUUUGUGAUUGUUUUGUUUAAGUAAUUUUAAGGUAAUUGCGACUUUUUGUCUUACAGUUCUGACUUAGAAUUGUGAGACAUACUUUACAAUGUCCGAUGAGGGAAAACUGUAAAAGUGAUGUUGUUGUUUAAAAUAAUAUGCAGUGUGUUUGGUGAUCCCAUUGUGUCACAGACCUUAUUCCAAAGUAUUCUACAGUAUUUAGAUUAAGUUACAAAAUUUGUGUCAUCUAACGGAAUACGUUACAGAUGGAUUAUAAAGCGUGUAUUUGGUCAUCUGUCAUGAAAUACAUUUGAAAAGUAGUUAUUAUAAUCAUCGUCAGUGCUGUAGUAUCAUCUGAUCAUCGCAUGGUCAUUGGUUAAGUUAGUCGCAGGCGAGUUAUGAAUUUGACUCACUUCUGUUUUUCUGUUGCUCUAUCAGAAUCACAUCAACAUUGAGUCAAAUAAUGACAAAACACACAGUUUUACCCGCACUUAUAUGUUUUUUGUUGCUCAGGGGGUAAUUCAAGUGAAAAGUUACCUAUUGUUUGUUUUUGAGUUGUUGAUGAACCUAAACAAAGUUCGUUAUUGAAAUGUUAUUUAAAACCAUGAUUUUACAGUAGAAAAUAUCACUUUGUGAAAUAGCUCUUCGGUGAAAAGAGAACAAAGAAUUAGUGUCGACACAAAUUUGGUCGAUUGUUAAAUUUAACUGUUAAGUAGAUUGUGUUGCGUGCCUGUCUAGCAACGUCUGUUUAUACUUAAAAUAAAAUA